AUGAAGAUCGUCGCCAUCGAGUUGCUGCGUCAGGAUGGCCAAGGGCAGGACCCGACCAUCCUCUCGGCUGGCUUCGAGGUGUCUUCUUUCGGCUACUUCCAGCGCUCAGGUGUCCGAGAGAUGAUCAACUUCUUCAGUCGAACGUUCAUUAAACGCACGGAGCCUGGCCAGCGGCAAUCCAUCCAGCACGAGGAAUACAAUUGCCACGUGUACGUGCGUCGCGAUGGACUGUCGGGUAUCGUGGUGUGCGAUCAGGAAUAUCCGCCGCGAGUGGCCUUCGCGCUGCUGAACAAGCUCAUGGACGAAUAUGACAAGUCCACUGGUGGCAGCUGGAAGACGCAGUCGGGCAAUCCACAGGAGUUCGCGGCGCUGACGACGGCUCUGGCCGAGUACCAGGAUCCGUCCAAGGCCGACAAGAUAUCGGCAAUCCAGAAGGAACUAGACGAGACCACGGCCGUGUUGUCCAAGACAAUCGACAACGUGCUGGAACGCGGUGAGAAACUGGACGACCUCGUGUCCAAGUCUCAGGAUCUCAGCAGCCAGUCCAAGGUCUUUUACAAACAAGCCAAGAAGACCAACUCGUGCUGCGUGGUCAUGUAA